UCAAGUAAAACUUAAAUUUUAUGCAAAACCAGCAGACGGCUUUUGUGACUACGGUGCGGUAUACGGACUUUUCUCUAUAAGGAUGACCUUUCUGUGCGCUCUCUUGGCUGCCCUUCUGGCAAGCAUAAAGCUAAUAAGCGCCCAAAAUGGCGUUGGUAUUUCUCCUAUAACUUCAACGGUAAACAGUUCUCCUCCAGUUUUUCACGGAUCGCCAUCGGUUUCUGCUUCUGGAUCCCAAGAGUCUUCAGAAGAAGAAAACUCAAGCUUAUCCCAUGGCAAACACCAUCCGCUCUCCGAACUAUUUGGCGGCAAACAUUCCAGAGACAUCAAAAAGCAUAUCCGGAAAGCGUUGGGUCGGGCUCUGUUGAUGAAGAUUUUAACCGGUGCUCCAGUCACAGUGACUAUCGAGGCCACCCAAAGGAUCACCUUCGAACAGAAAGGUCACAAAGGCAAGCAUCGACCUCAUCACCACAGUAAACCUCAUUCGCCACCCGUUAUCGAUCCAGCAACAUGGACAUUUGGCGAGAGACCUGCAGAACCGCCCCAUGGAGGUUUCGUUCCUCAGCCGUUUUCGCAACAGAUUGGAUCCAUUCCGGUAGAACCAGUUGUUGCACCAAUGAUCAACUCUGGAUGGACAGGAUAUCCUCAGCCAGGCAUUAGCUCUGUCCCAGCUUUCCCGGUUGAACAAAUCCAAGGUAUUCCUCAACCAGCUGUUGAUCCGAUCCCCAUUUUCCCACAACCGGCCGUCGUCCCAGUUUUUAAUCCAGUGCCACAAAUACUGGUUGCGCCUACAAGCAGUGAUGCUCCACCAACUUCCGUCUCGACUGUUUCACCUUCUACGACAGCAUCGGCUACCACCAAACCUACAGGAACCGAGGCAUCAACCGGGACCACUGGAAACACUACUCCCUCACCUACAACCCCCAUGUCCACAACAUCAACGGUACCUCCGACAACUUCUCGCUCUUCAUUAGCUACCAACUCCAUGCCGGUAUCCUCCCAACCCGUAACAAAUUCAAAUGCACCUAAUUCUACCACUGCUGCCGUCUCCCCACCGUCUCCAAGCUCAAGCGCAGCACCGACGACAACCACCACUGCAAAGUCCACCAGUACUGUCCAACCACAAGUUGCACUGAGCCAAAAUCAAGCGACGACGAAACCAAGCGACAAUAAUACCACACGACCAGCAACACCAGCUGCGCCGACAUCAUCACCGUUACCUCCUACAACUACAACAGCGCACUCUGCGUUAGUGACCGCCAACUCUACGGCGUCAUCUCGGCCGGUGGCCAGUUUGAAUGCAUCGUCCACCACUGCUGCAGCAUCCACAAGCACAAGCGCAGCCCCGACGACAACCACAAGGCCUCCAAGUACUACUUCGACAAUAUCGAGUCCCUCGACAAGGACAACACCGCAACCCACCACGAGCAGCACCACCACCACAAGUACUACCACGACAUCAACGACGCGUUCAUCAAGCACUAGCACAACGCCUUCAACUACACCACGAACGUCCAGCACUCCGGCGCCCACGACGACCUCAAGGUCAACGUCCACGACCACCACCUCGACUACUACUCGCGCACCGAGUACCACCACUGGCAAGUCCAGUCCGGCAACCACACCCAAACAGCCUGGUCCAGCAAUAGCAUUAGCCGCUAAGCCUGCCUCAAAUGUCCCUAAACCAUUCUUUUAGAUAUUAUGCGGCAAUCAGGAUUCCAUGAUGCAUGAUUCUACUUUGGACGCUUCCUUUGUAAUAUCCCAGUGAAAAAGGAUUAAUUAGUUAUUGUCUGGUUUGAUCUGUUACCAAAAUCCACACUACGAAUGUACUGGUCUAUUUAUUAAUUUCUGAAUAAAAAAACAGCACAAAGCCA